AUGGAAUUACAAGAAGUUCUGAUUGCUCAACCAGAUGAUCAGAAACCAAGAAAUUUCAAAAAAUCGGAACAAGAACAGCUUGAGUUGAUAAAUCAUUAUCAUAAACACUUCGGAAGUUACGUUUUCUUUGUUGCCAAAAUUUUGAGAAUAGAUUUGAGAAAACCAGGGAGAAAGAGGAAAGUUAAUGGAAUUGUGGCUGGGAUCUUGUUUCUGAUAGCGACCUACUCAAUCUGUUUCAACAUCAGAAUAACAUUCUCAACUCGUCAUCUUUCUGCAGAACUCGCAGCGCAACUCUUGAUAAUUCUUUGGGCAGUUCAAUCACUUAUAUCGAUGGGUUUUCUUGUCUAUUGGCAAAUAUACGGUCAUUUGUCAGAGUUUCGGAUAAAACUUGCACUAUGUCAGAAUCUGAAAGGAUUGGAAAGUGAAAAUGGAAAGAAAUAUGUUGAAGCACUUGCCACGAAGUAUCACAUGGAAGAAAAGCAUACUGAGUUUCAGGAGAAACAGUCUUUUAUAUUCGUUUAUCCGGCUCUUCGUCCACUUUAUACACUCGUAACUACUUAUUUAUAUAUCGUUUUCAACAUGACUCUAUUCAUUUUGAUACAUUAUACAAAUGCAACUAUGCUUGAAAUGCGAUAUUUCAAUGAAGAAAUUUCAAACUUCAAUGGUUCCGGAGAAGGUGCGUCAGAGAAGUUGAUGGAGCAUUUGGAGAUUUACAGUAAUCUGGUUACUGUCAUCCGACAUUUGGAUUUGGUUUUCAGAUUGUACACAUUCAUCAUGAUUGUUAUCACGAUUCCAUCCAUGAUAUUCACUUUAAUGAUGAUGAACCAUCGGAUUCAUUCUCUGUUCGACUUGUUUUUGUGUAUGCCAACAAUCGGAUUAUGUGCAUUCAGUUUCUUCGCAGUUACAAUUGCUCCGGCAAGAUUACACGAUGAAAUUUGUCGUUCAAAAGGGUUCCUCUGCCAGAAUCGUUCAAUUUGGUUUCCGUAUCGAAAAGAAGUUUAUCUCAUUGCGAAUACACUCUGCUCUCAUAUGGAACAGUUCGAUCUCGGUGUCUCCGUUUGGGGAUUCGCUCUUCUAUCAAGACCUCUGAUUCUCGGAACCCUUUCGGCGACUGCAAUGAUGUUGUCCUUGUUGACUGAACUCGCUCCGAAAGCGGAACUUUUGAAUGAAACGGAGACGGCGAAUUCAUUGGCAGUCAAUGCUUUGACGUCUUUUGGAGAAUCAGAAGCAACGACGGCAUUGGUGUUGUUCUCACCGGAUCCUUCUCCAGAUGAUUCGAGAACUCCAUCGGAAGCUCCUGAUCCUUCACCGCUUCCUUCUCCAGAUGCCUCAACAACUGGCUUGUCUCCAGAAGACUCUCCAGAUCCCUCUCCAGAUGCUUCAACAAUUGGUUUCUCCCCAGAAGAUUCUCCUGAUCCUUCUCCCGAUGCUUCUACUACAUCACGCCUGGCACGAAGAUGA